GCGGGGGGGGGUUGGAACAGCCGCCGGGCGGGCUCCGGGCUGGUGGCGGCGGCUCGCCCUGCUUCGUAAUAUCCCUGCCGGCGCUGAAAUCCCGUCGGGCCUUCCCUUCCUCACGCCGUCUGUCUGUCUACGCUGACGGAGGCAGAGCCUUUCCGCAGCGGGCGGGCAGCUCCCUUGCCGAGGCGAGGUUGGAGGAGACGAGGACAGAGUCGAUGUGAAGAGCAGCGCGAGGAACGGAGCAAACGAAGGGAGGCCAGCAUGAAAUUCAUCGCUGCUUAUUACGUACUGCCUCUCUUUCCUGCUCUGGUCUUUGGUGCUAGACAGGGCUAUGAAGAACUGGAAAGACAGCUAAAAGAAGUCUUUAAGGAAAGGAGCAACAUACUUCAGCAACUCUUAAAGACUUCUAAAGAACUUCAGGGAAUUAAAGUAAACCUCCAGUCUUUAAAAAAUGAUGAAACAUCGACCAAAAAGGAUGUGCAGAAACUUCUGGAACUGGGCCAAAACCAAAGGAAAAUGAAAUCUCUCCAGGAAGCCUUUCAAAAGCAGCUUAAUGAGGCAGCUGAGAAAGCAGAGAAGCAGCAGGCUACCAUUAACUUUUUGAAAACUGAAAUGGAAAGGAAGAGCAAAAUAAUAAGAGACCUCCAAAACGAGAACAAAAGCCUCAAAAACAAGCUCUUGUCAGGAAACAAGCUUUGUGGUAUUCACGCAGAAGAGUCAAAAAAGAUCCAAGCCCAGCUGAAAGAGCUCCGCUAUGGGAAAAAGGAUUUGAUUUUUAAGGCACAACAGCUAACAGAUCUGGAGCAAAAACUAUCAGUUGCGAAAGACAAACUGGAAAAUGCAGCCCUUGACAAAGAGUCACAGCUGAAGGCUCUGAAGGAGACUGUGCAGCUAUGCCUGUCUUCUGUUCUGCGCAAUCAGCCUCCAACAAUUAAUCUAAUCUCUUCAAAACCAGUUACGAAGCUGACUUCCUCAAAUACAAAGGGCUCCAAAGUUCAAUUUCAAGUGACCAGCACCAAGGUCUGGCAAAAUGUCUCAGCAGAGAAAGAGAAUUUUCAUGUGGCCUUGAAAAAGGAAGAAAAUCAAAGCACCCAGGAGUGUGGUUCUCAAGAUGUUGUCAAAAUGUGUUUGGGGAAUCAUAAUGAUUCAACAUCUCAUUUGAAGGCAGCAGAAACAGAGACAAGCUUUCAGAAGUUGCAUAGCCCUCCAUGGACUAAACCUGAAGAUAAAAAAUCACCUGAGAAAAAUGAGAAUAUAUACGAAGAAUCAGUUAGCACACAAGAAAAAAACCUCUAAAAGCUACUAAUCUACAUUGGAAAAUGCCAGUUGCUUCCAUCUGCAUGUUCUGGUAGCACAAAGGCAUGAAAUGUCCCAGGUUUCUAAAGCAUGCAUUUUUCACUAUUUUAUGAAUGUCUGUAAAAUAGUCUAGAACAGACCAAUUAGUACCUUACAGCAAUAAUCCAAAAUGGAUGUUAGAAGAAAUGCUUUGUAAUGCAGUCCAGUUUUUGAACUCUUGUUCUACCUUAUCAGUAAUUGUAUACUGUAUAUUACCUUCUUUGUAAGCAGUCAUUCUCAAGUAUUUUCUCAGUCUGUUUUAUUUCAUGUAAUUUUGAGGCAGAUUAGAUUCUAAGAUUAAGGGGCAGUCAGUGUGUCUGCGGGGGGAAAUAUCUGUGUAAUCACAUUUGAAGUACAAUCCUUAAGUGCAACUGUAAAGGGAUCUGUGCAUGGGGGUCUAUGUAUACUUAUAUUUCAGUAAUUCUAUUUCAAAUCUACUUAUUUACACAAUAAAAUACUUUUAUUUUGUUCUUUUUUUUCCUCACUGCUAUUUUAAGUAGCCCAUUUCUGAACACUGAAAAGCUGACAGAAUUUGAGUUUAAGGAAUAGAGAUAGACAGAAUCAUUACUCUGGUGAUUCAAGCAAAAAAAUUCACCGGUGCUACUGACUUACAAUUUCAUAGUUUGGAUGGCAGACUUGGGAAGGCAGUUUCAUCCCCUAUAUUUGUGCUGAUCUCAACAGGACAAAAUUUACUUUAAAGGGUAAAGCCCUAUUUUGUCCACCACAGCUGGCCUUUGAUCACUUAAUCAGAAAGAAGCAUAUUGAUUGGAGUAUGCUCUGUGAUUCAUGGAUUCUUUCAGUUUCUCCUUAGCCACAUAGUCUAUGACAAGAAAGCAGAAAGAAAGGGAGGAGAAGGAAGAGACAAUGUUUUGUUUGCAUGUAUGUCAUUAUUGUCUAAUUUAAGAAUUCAUAUGCCAUAUCUUGUUGAGAUGCAAAUCUUUCAGGAAGAGUAGGAACAGUAAAUUGCCUGAUGCAAUGCUAUGCAAGAAGUGUUUUAAGCAGUUGUAACUUGUAAACUUCCACCUUUGUCUUGAUGCACACAGCAGCACAUUUUUUGCUAGAUUUAAAGUAGUUAUACUAAUUUACUUUUUCUUGCUUUGUAUCAGUUUAAAAGAAAAUAGACAAAUCUUUCAUUUGCCUUAGUGGUGCUCUGUCUUCAGUUUUAGCAUUUAAGAUUUUACCUCUCCUUCAAAAGUCUCCUUCAAUAUCUGCCUUUUCCUUGCUGGUGUGAAUAAUCUUUUACCCUGAUAUUUGGUAUAUGCUUCUCUACUCAAAGGCAGACAGUUGCAGAAUGGUAAAUUUUUCUGCCUUGACAAAAUACAAUUUUAUAAAGAAAAAGCCUAAUGAGCUGAACAAAUGAUGACAAAGAACAGCUUAAGACUAUCCAUGUUAAGGGUCAAAAGAAGUGUAAUUGUGGCCACAAAAUAAAUCAGAAAAGAGAUUUGGCUUUUGCAUCUGAUCCUAAAUCUUGCCAAAGACAGUCUGCUGUCCUUCACAAUUUUUUGUGAGCAAGAGACUUGUGAUCUUGUCAUAUCUACAGCUGGCAUUAAUUUCUAGUGAUGCCAAAAGCAACAUUUCUUUGCAUAUGACACACCUUAACUGAAAACGUCACUGCAACUGUUUCAGUCACCUGUCAAGAAAGGAUCUCCACUGCACAGUGGUUGAAGCCCUCCAGCAGGACAAAAGCCUGUGAGCACAAUGCUUCCUGUAGUUUUAGAAAGAAGCCUUUGUCAAUAUGACCCCAUUCAUCUGGCAGCCUGUAGUGGAUACCAACCACAAGGUUCCUUUGCUGCCUUGGUCACUGAUUCUUACCUAGAAGCUUUUGUCUUGCUCAUGGCUGUUCUUCAAAGACAGAUCCUCACUGCACUUGAUAUAAGAGGGCAAUCCCUCCACCUCUCCUUCCUCCCUUCUGAACUGUAGCUAUCUGUAUCUAUCUGUAGCUAUCAGUAGUGGUGCACCAGUCAUGGGAUUCAUCCCACCAAGUCCCAGUAAGUUCCAAGUUCCAGUAAGCACAACAAGGUCAUAACUUUUUGUAGCACAGAGGCUUCCAGCUCCUCCUGUUUGUUGCCCAUGCUGCAUGCAUUGAUGAAAAGGCACCUCAGCUUGCCUGUCAGUCAUGUCACCUUCCCAGAGCAAAACCCCUUUUCUCCCUUCAACAUAACUUUGUGGAGUUUUCCCUGUCAGCUUUUAUUACCUUAGGAGUCCCCAGCUUGUCCUCAUAAGACUGCAAGUGCAUUCCAGUAUGGCUCACUUCAAAGUCAUGGGGGUGGGCUAUCAGUUUUACUCCCAAUACUUGCUUGCCCACCCAGGGCACAUCUCUUCCAUCAACAUUUUCAAUCCCUCUCAAUCAGCCCUGCUAACUCAAUGGCUAGAAUCUUAUUCUCUUUUAAAACAGGUGAAGCACAUCUGUCUCCAUCAGGUCUGAUGCAAUAUAAAUCACUCCAUGGUUAAAAAAAAGCAAAUUCUACCAAUGCCACCAGUCUCUAUGCCACACAUUGAUGCCGAUUCUCCUGUUCCUUUUUGCAUUCUUCCUUGCUAGUAAAGGACUUGAGGAAAACACCACCUGUGCUCCUGUUCCUUCAACCAGUUACCCCACAGCUCUGAAGUUCUUGUGAUUGUGCUAGGACUUCUCUUGUCAGCCUUGUCACUGCCAACCUGGACAAGAAACAGUGGGCAAUAAAGAGAAGGCUGAAUCAUUCCAGGGAGUUUCCUGGUAAUACCCCUUAUCUGUGGGAACUUCAAUACAGAGAGCUUUCAGGGCCUUGUGCAUACAGGCUCAGAGAUAGAGAUGGACACAAUGCUUGACCUAAGACCUUGGAGAAGGCUUGGAGAAUUAGAACACUGAAAGUAAAGUACACAUCAAACAAGAAUAUAAGUUUGUAGUUUAAGUAGAAAUAUGUUUUAAGCAGAGGUAUGCAUAAUGUAAGCAAUACAAUAUGUUAAGUGAGUAAAAGAUUUUAAAGUUUAGCAAUAAAACCUUUUUCUAAAGUUAGUUAGAAGCUAAAGAUGUAUCAAUGUAGGUUUGCGAACUAUUGUAUGAUUGGUUAAAAAUGAUGCAUUGUGGCAAAGCCAGAAAAAGCAAAGCAAUUAAUGAUUGGUAUAAAAAGAUGUUACCAAGUUUCAUUGAAGUAUGUGAUUGGCUAAAAAACUAACAUAAGGCAUUGUGACUAAGAAUUAGAUGUAUUCUGAUAUUAUGGCAUUAAAUGUAAUAUCUUUAAUGUCUCACACUUCUAUGAGACUGAUGCCAUGAGGCAAUAAACCAUCUUUUAAAAGUC